GGCGCGCGGUGUCGCAGGCGUGAUGUCAUCGCUAGGCGCCGCGCGCAGCCAGAAGGAGCCUUGACCUCGCGUUGGGGGCUGCGCGACAAUGCUGCAGCUACUACGGGCUGGGGCGCGCGCCUGGGCUCGGCCCGCGGGCUGCCGGGGUUUGAACGCGCUGGCGGAAGAGGCAGCACCCCAGGCGGCGAAGCCAGAGUCGGUGGCUGGCGCGGGUCCCCAGGCGCCCGUGCUGCGCAGGUGCGAGCUCCCGGGACCCGCGUCCCGGCGUCCGGUGCAGGCCUGGGUGGAGUCCCUGCGGGGCUACGAGCAGGAGCGCGUGGGUCUGGCCGAGCUGCACCCCGAAGUUUUCUCCACAGCGCCCAGGUUGGAUAUCUUGCACCAGGUUGCCAUCUGGCAGAGGAACUUUAAGAGAAUUAGCUAUGCCAAGACCAAGACUAGGGCCGAGGUGCGGGGCGGAGGCCGGAAGCCUUGGCCGCAGAAAGGCAGCGGGCGUUCUAGGCAAGGCAGCAUCCGCUCCCCGAUCUGGCGAGGAGGAGGCAUUGCCCACGGCCCCCGGGGCCCCACGAGCUACUACUACAUGCUGCCCAUGAAGGUGCGGGUGCAGGGCCUCAAGGUGGCGCUCACCGUCAAGCUGGCCCAGGAUGACCUGCACGUCGUAGACUCCUUGGAGCUGCCGACCUCCGACCCCCAGUACCUGACCGAGCUGGCCCGAUACCGUCGCUGGGGGGACUCCGUGCUUCUUGUGGACUUAGCCUAUGAGGACAUGCCCCAGAAUGUCGUGGCAGCCACCUCCAGCCUCAAGACCUUCAACCUGAUCCCAGCUGUCGGCCUGAACGUGUACAGCAUGCUCAAGCACCAGACCCUGGUCCUGACCCUGCAGACCGUCGCCUUCCUGGAGAAGAAGCUGCUCUGGCACGACUCACGCUACGCGCCGCUCUACCCCUUCCGCCUGCCCUACCGUGACUUCCCCUGAGCCCCGGCCCGCUGCCCUCGGGGGCCCCUCAGCUGCCCUCUUCCUGGACCCCUCCGUGCCGGGUGUUUGCCCUGAGCCAGGCCGAACCCCCAGCAGGCCUGGGAGCCUCGUGCCCACCCUGUGAGAGCAGGGCCGCGCCGCCCGAAGCCCCUCGUCCCCGUGCAGCCGAUCGCAGAGAGGCCGAGCGGGCGCCUCCACCAGAGAGGGGCUGCUCGGCACGUGAGCCCCACUGGCCUCUGGCCCCAAUUCUCUCUUUCAUUUUUAACAUUGAGUCUGGUUUUGGUUUUUAUUUUUGUUCUGUUUUGUUUUGUUUUUAA